AAAAUGAGCAAUCAUACUUCCAUAUCCAUGUUUCUCCUGUGGGAAUUCUCGGAAGUACGAGAACUACAGAUCUUGUACUUCUUUCUGUUCCUAGCACUGUACUUGACAGCCAUCACUGGGAAUCUUUUUAUCAUUGCUGCAGUAGCCCUCAACCGUCACCUUCAUACACCAAUGUACUUUUUCCUAACUAACUUGGCCAUGAUGGAUGUUGGCUCUGUUUCAGUCAUCAUACCCAAAUCUAUGGCGAAUGCCAUCAUGAACAGUAGAUCAAUUUCUUAUUCUGGAUGUGUGGCUCAGGUUUUCUUCUUCUUCUUCUUUGUAGCAUCAGAUCUUUCACUUCUAACAGUAAUGGCACAUGAUCGCUAUGUUGCCAUCUGCAACCCAUUGCAAUAUGAGACAAUUAUGAACAAAGGAGCCUGUAUUCAGAUGGCAGCCAUUGGAUGGAUUAGUAGUAUGCUUUAUUCCAUGUUACACACCUGUGGCACCUUUGCAAACACCUUCUGUUCUAAUGCUGUCAAUCAGUUCUUCUGUGAAAUCCCAUCGUUAUUGAAGCUCUCCUGCUCUGACUUUUACUUUUUAGUUGAAGUUGGGUUUCUUAUGUUAAGCUGUAUUCUAGCACUAGGAUGCUUUGUUUUCAUCAUCAUAACAUACCUGCAGAUCUUUUCUACAGUGCUCAGAAUUCCUUCAGUGCACGGCCAGAAAAAAGCCCUCUCCACUUGCCUGCCUCACCUCAUUGUUGUCUCUGUGCUUAUAUUCAAUGCAGUCUUUGCCUAUGCAAAGCCUCCCACUAAAUCUUCUUCUGAGCUGGAUAUAGCUUUUGCUGUGAUGUAUGCCAUAAUUCCUCCCAUGUUGAACCCAUUCAUCUAUAGUAUAAGAAACAGAGAAAUCAAGAUUGCUUUGUGGAAACUCUUAGAUUUUGGACAUUCCUCUAAAACUACAUUCAGAUUGCUGUAA